AAUGAAAUAUAAUUCUCUCUCUGUAGAAAAUUUCGCCGCUCCUUCCUUCUUCCCCUCUUCUCUUUUUUCGUCUCUCUCUGCAUCUCGGAAAAAUUUAUUCGCCAACUUCUUUAAUCGUCCAGCAUCUCCAUAAAUCAGAUCCAGUUGAAGAUCGAAGGAUGUCAUAUAAGCUUGGACCCAUUGAACUGAAAGAGUAAUCUCCAGCUCAUCUUACUGCCAAUUGAUCCUUAGACAGAAUUUUUUUCCGCACCAGUUGUCCCGAAGCUGCGUUCGGUUUCGUAUCAUGUUUCUGAUGCACAGUUCUGGGUUUAGGAGCUCCAAGCUUGAAUUGUUUUGAAAUAGGAGUGACAGAUCGUUUUCUGUGAUUUUGUGUUGGAAGAGAUGAGUGGACAUCAAGCACAGGAGAAAUAUGAAGUUAAAGCUUCUUCCAGUAAAGGUGUGGAGAAUAUCCGAUGCAGCUCAAUUUUUGGACAGUUUUCAGAAAAAGAGAUUAUAACUCAGUUAAAAGGGCUUGCUCGUGAUCCUUCUAUGCCACAAUUUGCAAUUGAUAACAUUCAGCCUUUGUGGACUCAGAUUCUUGGUCUCAGAAAAUUAAUGGCUCUCAAAGCUUCUGAAAUGCCUUGGAGAAAGCGGAAACUUGAGCAGCUUGUCAAAGAUACCCUGAGAUGUCCAGCUGGCUUUGUUUCACCUCACCAACAGAACAUGACAAAACGCAGAAGACGGCAGUCAUCCCAAGCUUCAUCAUCAUUGUCAUGCUUGCUCAAUUCAAUUGACUCUGCCCACAGUCAUGAUGACAAAUUCAUCUUUGAAUCUCUAGUGACCUUCGAUGAAGCUUUUCCAGAGAAACUGGUAACCACUGAAUGUUCAUUUGCUGAUGAUGUGGUAGAUUUGAAAUGCACCUCCAAAGAUGUAUCUCCGGUAGUAGAUUCUAAUGAAUCUGUAUAUGUUUCAAACCCUUCCAAUAUAGAGGACUCAUCUCCUAAUGUAGCACACCAUUUAGCUAUUAGUAAAGUAGUUCGCAGCUUGAAUUUACCAACAUUGAGUGGCACACAGAGAAAACACCUUGAGCCUUCUCAUCGGUCAAUCAGAUUACUGAAUUUCAUCGGAGAUCAUCUUCAAAGGAAGGUUAUUCCGGUUGGACCUCGUUUUCAGACUGACAUCCCUGAGUGGGAUGACACGGUGAAUAUGAGCUUUCGUAUAAGCUCAUACAAGAGUGAUUCUGAUAAUUUGAAGUGGUUGGGCUCCCAAGUUUGGCCAAUCGUAACUAGAAAUAUGAAAUCCACUAGAAGAGAAAUUGGGAAAGGGAAAAACAAUUCUUGUUCCUGUGCAUCUCGGGCAUCUGCUGAUUGCAUUAAACGCCAUGUACGUGAGGAAAGGCUACUUCUUCAACACGAUCUGGGCCCUGCUUUUUCUAGUUGGAAGUUUGAUGAAAUGGGUGAGCAGGUCUCAGAGUCAUGGUCUCUCAAGGAGCAACGAGCUUACGAGUCACUAAUGAAAAUGAGGCCAUCAGCUAAUGAGAAAAGCUUUUGGAAGCGUAACUUGAAGCAUUUACCCAGAAAGUCUAAGAAAGACAUUGUGAACUAUUAUUUCAAUGUUUACAUUCCUCACCGCAUGAGCCUACACAGGUCGUCACCAACCAUUAAGCAAGUCGACACUGAUGAUGAGGACGAGGAUGAGGCAGAUAAUUCUGAUCACAAUGGUUUGCAGAAAGGAGCUGAAGGGAGAAGUCCUACAAUCCCCAACAAGAAGGCUAGAUAUUUACGUACUAGCUAAGUUGGCCUUCAAGUCCAUUGAUUGAGUCCCAUUAGAAGGUUCGUUUCUUGACCAAUUUUUUUGUCCGAUCAGCUUACCGUAUAUACCAAUGAAAAUCUUGACUUUGGAUCUCAAUUCAUUAAUCACUUAACUUUUGUUCAAACCCUUAGUGGGUGCAUUCAAGCAGAAAUGCAUCAUGCUAUAUAUUCAGGUUGUGAGUUUUGAAAGUGGUGAUGGGAGUCUUCUUGUUUAUGUUCUCACAAUUAUGAAAUUAUCAUGCUAUAGUGAAUGAAUUCACAUUAUCUUUGUCAAUUCAUUAACCACUUGAAUUCCGGACUUCUUUGGUGCCAUGUGUACUGGGCUGACCCAUUUACUGUCAAGAAUGGAGUAAAUUAUUAGUUUUGUAAACUAAUAA